UUUUUCGAUAAUCUACUGUUAUGCCUUAAACGCCAAGAGUGUACGGAAGUAGCAUGCAUCCAUUGUGGGAGUAACAGCUUCGAAGAUAAAAUGGAGAGGGACUGCAACGAUACUGCAGAGAAAAUCGAGUCGAAUUCGCCUUUGACAGAAAAUAUUAAUGAAGACACCUGCAGGGAUGAUUCCCAUACAUCUCGGACUGGGACCUGUGGGACUCCUGAUGUCGCAAAAGCAAGGUGGACACUACUGAGACAGGUGCUCCGUCAGAAGCAAAUGGACAGUCCAGAGGUCAAACAGGUGUCAGUUCGCAGAUUUGCCUCAUUUGACCUUUUCAGCAGGAAAAAUACACCAACACAAGACUCCAGUGAUACCUCAGAUGACCAGUGGGUGGAGUACAGAAGUGUCCACUUUCCUGAGUACAGUGCCUUUCUCAGAGAUAACCUGGGUCCUCUUAGAGUUAAUGAAGUGCUCAACAGUUUUGACAACACCGGUAAUGUCUGUGUGUGGCCAUCUGAAGAAGUGAUGGCUCAUUACUGUCUGAAGAAACGUCACAUGUUCAAGGGUGCAGUGUGCGAGUUAGGAGGAGGUAUGACUUGUCUUGCUGGGCUCAUGGUUGCCAUUUGUGCUGACGUAAAAGAAGUUCUGCUAUCAGAUGGGAACGAGAAGUCCAUUCAGAAUGUUCGAGGGCUCGUGGAGAAAAACAGGCAAGCUGGAAGAUUUAGGUCUACAAAUGUAUCUGCCAGGGUGAUGAGGUGGGACUGUGAGUUGGACAUUUCAGCUCUAGAGGGACACUUUGACGUUGUCAUGUGUGCAGACUGUUUGUUUCUCGACCAGUACAGAGCCUGCCUGGUCGAUGCUAUAAGAAGAUUACUGCAGCCCAGUGGCAUGGCGUUGGUGUUCGCUCCCCUGAGAGGUGAAACUCUGAGUCUGUUUUGUCAGUUGGCUCAGCAGGCUGGACUUUGCGUCUCUCAACACCAGCAGUAUGAUGCUCAGGUCAUGGAUGUUCACCAAAAGAUGCUGAGUGAAGGAAAAGAAGCAUACGAUGAGAACAUCCAUUACCCUCUCCUCCUCACCCUGACCAAAGGACCUCAACCUGUCAGGCUCACUCCGUAAAACAAAACAAGUGAGCCUGCACAGUACUACUCCACAUGCUGUUUGACGUACAAUGUGGAUUGAAGCUAUGUGAACAAUUUGAUCCCCAUUGUCUCAAUGUCAGGGAUCUAGUCUGUUUGGCACUGAAUUUAAACACAGAUUUAAACAGUA